CACGCCGACCUGGUGCAGUACCUGAACCCGAUACUGAAGUUCCUGUCGGACAACGGGGGCCCGUUUAUGAUAAACCCGUACCCGUACUUCGCGUACCGGGACGACCCGAGGCCGGAGACGCUGGCGUAUUGCUUGUUCCAGCCGAACCUCGGGAGGCUGGAUCCUAACACCAAGCUUACGUACAUGAACAUGUUCGAUGCGCAGGUUGAUGCUAUAAAGUCGGCCUUGAAUUCGGCCGGAUUCGGCAAUGUCGAGAUCGUGGUGGCCGAGACCGGGUGGCCUUACAAGGGAGACAGCGACGAAGUUGGAGCCAGCGUCGACAAUGCGGCGGCGUAUAAUGGAAACUUGGUGAAGCAUUUGAGGACCAUGGUCGGGACUCCUCUGAUGCCGGGGAGAUCCGUGGACACCUACAUUUUCGCACUUUACGACGAGGAUUUGAAGCCCGGGCCGACUUCGGAGAGGUCGUUUGGGCUUUAUCGGCCCGAUUCCACCGCCAUCUAUGAUGCCGGGCUCUCUAAAUCUAGCUCGAGCCAGGUAAACCCUCCAGUGAACUCUCCGUCACCAGCUGCAACAGUCAAUCCAUCGCAACCUCAACCUCAACCUCAACCGGCCGUGGACUGCCGUCAAGGUCAACCGGAGACC